UAUAUAUAUAUAUAUAUAUAUAUAUAUAUAUAUAUAUAAAAUAUUCUGUUUUAAACAUCAACUAAAGGUUGAACACUUUGGUUAGGAAAGAACAAUACUUUUGGAUUUUUACAAAAGCUGCAUUCAUCUAUUAAUUAUAAUUGAUGAUGGAUUGAAAACCCGUUGCUACGUGAAAUUAGUUUUGUCCAGGUGAUAUUACGAGUUAGUCCGGCUGUCUGCUCUUCGUUUUUCCCUGCCUUUAAGUGGAAUUGCAUCUCUUGUUUUAUUUUUGUUUCGUGGCUGCUAGUGGAAUGGGUAAUCAGGUUGAGAAACUGACUCAUUUAACUUACGCAGAAGUUCCGACAUCAGACCCGACUGGGGUGGAUCAAGAAGACGGUCCUCGGAUAGGGGUGUCGUAUAUAUUUUCUAACGAUGACGAUGAUUUGGAGGAUAAUGUUGUUGGGGGAUCAGAGAAGGACCCGAAUCAGGAAGAGAACUAUGACAAAUGCAACGAGCUGGAGUGUUCUGUUUUCUACAGAGAUGAGUGCGUAUACGAGAAAAGCCUCAGCGCUGGAGACCUGAGUACAUAUUCUCCAGAAAAUUUAUUAAACAAGUGCAAACCGGGAGAUUUGGUGGAGUUUGUGGCUAAAAAUCAGUACCCCCAUUGGACUGUGUACGUUGGAGAUUUCCAGGUUGUCCACUUACACAGAGCUGAGAUCAAGAAUGAUUUUAUGACAGAUGCUAGUCAAGGGAGGAGAGGUAGAAUUGUUAACGAUGUUUACAAAUUCAAACCUCAAAAACCCGAAAUGGUGGUGCAGAAUGCCAUGGAACAGGUCGGGGCAAGAGACCGGGAGCUAAGUUGGAGAAACUCUGAAUGUUUUGCUGCUUGGUGCAAAUUUGGCAAACGGGAGUUCAAAAUUGGAGGGGAGAUCAGGAUAGGCAAACAACCUUACAGCUUAAAAAUACAACUUUCAGAGAAAAAGAGUCACAUUCUGGAGUUUCAGAGUAUGGAAGAUUUGAUCAUGGAAAGGAGGAGAAACGAUCAGAUUGGUAAAAACGCUGUGAUCCAGGAGCUGGUCAGCCAUUUACAUUCCGAGGAGGAAGUCAGGACUGAUCACAAUGCACACUGGGAUUAAAAAUUGAGGCUUUGGAAAUUGAGCUGUAAGCCCUUGGGCCACGCACUGGUUUUAUUCAAAUCACAAGUGGAUGGAAAGUCAGAUUAGUUUUGCUUUAUACUUAACUAAUUCUUUACUUGUUUUUUUCUAACCAAAAGUACUUAUUGUUGUGGUACUCAGGCCUUGAAAUGUAAAGGCCACAUGUAAAGCUGACAGGUGGGGGUGGAUGUACUUAUUUUAAAUAAUAUUUGUGUUCCUAGUUUGCACAGUUAAAUGUAUGCAUUGGCUGGUCUGCAAUGUAUACAGCAUUUAUACACAGCCAUAAAUGUUGACCUUUCAUUAUCAAACAGUAAGUAGGCCUAUCAUUUAUUAUUAUGAAUGAGUUACAGAUCACACAGUGCCAUCAAACUGGUUUAUUUUGAGGCAAAGCCUUAUUUGUACCUGUAACAUCUAUGUGGAUCUCACAGCAAUUAAACAAAAGUACUUUAUAUGCAUAAGUAGUUUGUCAAUUAUAAUAAUAUUGAAUUUGGAAAGCUUAAACAUAUUCUCAACAGUGUUUAACUAACAGGUUUAGUUAUUUGUAAAAUGUAUUUGGAUAAUGUAUUACUCUGCAUUCUACUGUUAAGCAAACAUAUUACAUAUUCAAAUUGGACAUUUUAAACAGAUGUUAAUUAUUUAAUGGGCUUGUUUGCUGUAAAAUAGAAAAAGUAAAGAAAAGAACGUGACUGAUCAUGUUGUAGCAUUAAUAUCUUGUGUUUAGCAUUAAUAUUGUGUUUUAUAUAAAUGAUUGAGCACAUUCACUUCUCUUGAUUUUACAUGCCCAUAGCAUUGUGCUGUACAGUGCAUGCAUGCGGUUAUGAACUUCGUGCACUGGGUUAGAAUAUUUAAAAGUUCAGAAUGAAAAAUAAAGCUUAAAAGUAAAUUUCCCAAAAGCUCUGUCAUUUAAAUGCUGGCAAAAGUUAGAAUGAUUUAGUCUUUUAUAGACUUUAAUGAUGUGACCUGUUUUGAUAAAAUGUUGGGGGGAGGAAUGAAUUUCAGGUAAACAAAGUAUGAUUUAUUAAAAGCAUGUACAGGUACUAAUUUAGAUACUAGGCUUGACCCAAAUCCUGUGACUGCUUUUCUGCUCUGAACUGUUUUUGGUUGAUGCAUGUAAGUGGUGGUUGUAUCUUAAGCAUCAACAUCUAUAUAAUGUGUGUGCGUGCGUGCGUGCGUGCGUGCCUGCGUGCGUGUGUGUGAUUACACACACAUAAUGCUUCAUACAAUAUAUUUAAUUGUUUGAAAGCAUAAAAAUCAUUCAUAUUUAUAUUGUCAUAUUUAAGUUUGAAAUCAAUUUAAAUUCUCUAUUUACUGUUCUGUUCCAGUUGGGUUAAAAUUGAAACACUUAAGUUUAUUUCUUUAUUUUUUGUUUGUUUUUGGAAUUCUGUGCAUUCGAAAAACAUCUGUUUUAAAAUAAGUGAUAUUUAUUAAGCAUACAGUAGUCUCUGCAUAUAGGAACACCUCCUAAGAGAACACUUCGCCUAAGGUGAAACAGACUUUUCCCAUUGUAAAUGGUCUGGCUAAAGGAACAGGAACUUUGCUUAAAAGAACACCUUCUUGGCACUGAUAGAGAUCCUUUCACAACGGAUACAGUGCUGUUUUGACAAAAGUUGUUUAAAAUAUUCAAACUGUACAUAAAAGGCAAAGGUUAUUUGUAUAUUUUGGUCUAACAUUACAGUGAGAUGGGGCCUUUUCUGUAACUCAUUUUUUGGCAGGAAACUUGUCAACUGUCAGCUUGGUCACAGUUUAUCAUACAAAUCUGUGUGACCAAGUUGGCUGACUAGUGCUGCGAACUACUUUUUAGUGUUGUUGUUGUUGUUAUUAUUAGUAGUGGAGUUAGUAUUAUUAUUAUUUAGGGUGGCACGGUGGUGUGGUGGUUAGCGCUGCUAACCUCCCUGUGUUUGUGUGUGUUUUCUUCCACAGUGCAAGGUUGACUGGUCACUCAAAAUUGCCCUCUGUGUGUGUGUGGUGCCCUGCGAUGGACUGGUGUCCUGCUUAGGGUGUAGUCCUGCCUUGCGCCCUGUGUCUGCCGGGUUAGGCUCUGGCUCACUGCGACCCUCUAAAGGAUUAAGCGGUUAUGAAUUAUUAUUUAGACAUGUAGCUGAUGCCUUUAUUAUUAUUUUUUAAGGGGGGAAGGGGGGGGGGGGGGAUAUUAUGUUUUCUGUAGAUGCAGUGCAAUUUUGUAGGCAUGCACACUGAUUAUUUGAUUAUUUUCUCCCAAUUUGGAAUGGCCAAUUAUUUUUAGGCUUAGCUCACCGCUACCACCCCUGCUCUGACUCGGGAGGGCGAAGAUGAACACACGCUGUCCUCCGAAGCGUGUGCCGUCAGCCGACCGCUUUUUCACACUGUGGACUCGCCAUGCAGCCACCCAAGAGCUACAGCGUCAGAGGACAACGCAGCUCUCAGGCAGCUUACAGGCAAGCCUGCAGGCGCCCAGCCAGACUACAGGGGUCGCUGGUGCACGGUGAGCCGAGGACAUUCUGGCCGACCUAACUCUCCCUCCCCCCGGACAAUGAUCGGCCAAUUGAGCACCGCCCCCUGGAAGCUCCCGUCCUCGGUCGGCAAAGGAAUAGUCUGGACUCGAACUCGUGACAUACAGACUAUAGGGCACAUCCUGCACUCCACGUGGAGCGCCUCUACUGGAUGCGCCACUCGGGAGCCCACGUUAAAUCAGUUUUAUUACAUUAUGAAAGUUAUUACCCUACAAUAUUUUAAUGUUAAUUUUAAAUAAUAUUUAGUUAAAUUCUUUUUUGCAUUGUGUAAUUAUUGUUAACAGGUUUGAUUUUGAUAAAAUAAUCAAUAUGUAUUAGAUUGUUUUAUAUUUAUCUUGUUGACAUAUUGCACUUGAUGAUGUGUUAUUUUUUUUCUUGUUGAAAUAUUGCACUUGUUCGCACUGUUACAUUUUUAAAAAUAUUCUAUUUGAUAAAUAGAUGUAUUCAUGUUUUUUAAUUCUAUAUUGUUUAUUUAAAAAUCAUUAAAAAAUUUCAAAGAAUACUAGUCACUACUCAAUUCGUAUUCUUGUCAUCUUGGUCACGGUAUUGCCACAAGAUUAAAUUGCAAAAUAAAAAUAAAACUGCUUAACAUUUUUUUUAAAUGUUCAAUGUUAUGUUUAUCCACUAUACUAAAGAUCAUCAGUAGCAUUGUUUUUAAAAAAAAUAUCUUGAAAAAUAUAUUUUUGUAAAAUCAAACAAAAAAUACCAAUGUAUUGUACUUGUCUCCAUUUAAUUGUGUACAUUUCUAGGCAGAAAAUAGAAAAAAAUAAUAUUUUUUGCAUCAUUAAAAAGAUCAGAUGGUAAAGUCUUCACACAAACACUAAAAAUGGUUUGAAUAAUAAUUUGUAUUUACAUUUUUUUAAAAUGUUUUUACGUGACCAAGUUGGCAUUUCUUGAGGGACCACAAUCUUGUUGCCAUAGCAACACAAAUUUGGUGGGAGCUUGGCAGCUUCAGUAGUAUGUACUCUAGGAGUAGUAAAACAUUUUGGGACCAAACACUAGACACUGGGGGGUGAACCUGAAUCGGACACAAGUCGCCGAGCAAUUUGGUGUUAUCCGUUCUGGCGAGUUGUUUCACCAUUCUAUUAAAUAAUCUGCAUGUCUUGUAUACAGCUGCUGCAUUUUUUUUAACGUGUGUAGAGGUGCUGUGUUAAUUUAGUUUGACAGUUUAUUAACGUUAGUUUGUCUCUUACUUUUAAUAUUAUAAUUGUAUUAACAUACACUUGCCUAUUUUCUUUUACUUCAGUUAUUUCAUAUGUUGAUGCAUGCGCGUCAUGACAAGUAAUACAUAUUUAUUGAUUCAUAUUGUGUCUGGUGGCUAACUCCGUCUUGGAUAACACCAGCUAUAAGAACACUUCGCUUGCUUCCUGAGGGGUGUUCUCUUAGCUGAAGACUACUGUAUUAGUAAAUGUCAUAUAUGCUAAUUUUAACCAAAGUAACAAUCAAAUAAAUUGUAUGCAGUUUUAACUUGAACUCAGGAGUGUCACUAAAGUCAUACCUGUUUGAAUUACAUCAUGUUUUCAGAAACCCUGCUCUUUAAUUGUUUAUAAUAAUUAAUACAUUUUAAAUGUAAAUGCAGGAUGCCUUUUUUUGCAAAAACAAAUCUGCAGAGCUUUUUCCUUGGCCUAACACCGUACUUGAUAUAAAUGAGAGAGACCUCGAAGUAGGUAUUUUCAUUGAUUGUACUAUAUUUUGUGAUGUGAUGUAAAGAGGUAUUAUACACUCUCAUGCUCAAUAGCAAGUUACUAAGUAGAUAAAGGCGAUGCAGUUGGUUGGUUUUAUAUUGUGCCUGUGUUAGUUAUUGGAGAAAAAGGAUAGUACACAUGUUGCAUCUCAUAUUUUUUAUUGUGUAAAAAAGAGAAAGUUAGAUUAUUUUGCUUUUUUAAAAAAAUGAAUACAACUUCUAUUAAACAAA